GUAAGGCUGCUGGUAACAUUGUGCUCGCCAACCUCGUUUCGGUUUGUUCAGCAACGUGGUAUUUUGAAGUUUUUGCUUGAAGUGAUGUAAGGAGAAAACAAGCUUCAAAUGUAUUUUCAUCUGAUAUACAAUGCUUGGAACUUUGCCUACUUGCACACAAAUGUUGAGAAACCGCGUUACCUGUGACACAUUGAGAAGGAAAUCGUUCGGGUUGCUCCGCUGUCUUUUGACUCCUUUUACAUCUUCUUGUAAGAUGGCAAAGAGUAAAUUCGAAUACGUCAGGGACUUCGAAGUUGAGGAUCGCUGUCUUCCAAACUGCUGGAUCAUCGUGCGCAUUGACGGGAAAGGAUUCCACAAGUUUUCCGACGUACACAAGUUUGAGAAGCCCAACGACAAGCGUGCUCUAGACCUAAUGACCCACUGUGCUCAGAGGGUUAUGAAGGAAUUUACCGAAAUAUGCUUAGCAUAUGGACAAAGUGACGAAUACAGCUUUGUCUUCCGCAAAGACACCCAAGUCUACAACCGCCGAUCUAGCAAAAUAACGACAAACUUGUGCAGCCUUUUUUCCUCAUCAUACGUGUUCUACUGGCACGAUUUCUUCAGCGAUCCUCUAAAAUACCCGCCAGCAUUCGACGGUAGGGUCGUACUGUACCCGACUAACCAAAACCUGAUGGACUACUUAAGCUGGCGGCAGGCUGACUGCCAUAUAAACAAUCUCUAUAACACGGUAUUCUGGGCUUUGGUGCAGGAGGGUGGCCUGACACCCAGACAGGCGGAGGAAAGGCUGAGAGGAACUGUGUCAGCGGACAAGAACGAGAUCUUGUUUCAGGAAUUUAAGACCAACUAUAAUAACUUGCCACCGUUGUACCGAAAGGGUACAGUUGUCGUCCGUGAACUUGUAGGGGCUAAUGGGGACCUUUCUGAAAACAAUGAGAAGCCUGGAAGGAGAAAGAAGCCAGGAGACAAAGCUGCAAAUACUUGCAUCACCUCUAUGAACGUUGAUAUCAUACAAAAAGAUUUCUGGGAAAAGUACCCUUAUCUGCUCGAUUGUGAUGGAUCAUGAUAGUACAUGGAAGAUAGACGUUUCCCACGAACUUUGAUUAUAUCGGCAAACAAUUUUAUCCAUCUUAUAUAGGUCAAAGCCAUGAGUAAACAGAAUGCACAUUUGUUAUGCACUCCAUUAAUAAACGAUACUGUCCCAUUCA